CCGUGAAUAACCCCCCCCCCCAAUGGGCCCGUCAUGGACCCCUCCAAGCGCCGUGAGCCCGCGUCAUUCACUGCGGCGUCAAACCCCCCGGCAACCGACCCUCCAAUGCCUCCCCUCGGCGACACGCCGCCUUCGUCCCACCAUUUGAGCUAUCCCUCGAUACAGGCGACUCCUCUGCCACCCUCUCCAUCCGGAUUCUCAUCGACCUCCCUGCUAUCGCCCGCCGACCCCCCCGCGCGUGCGGUCGCGAACCCGGCGCAUUCCGCUCCCCGGCGCAUCCCCAGCUCCAGCUCCUUGGCUGACGAGCGUCGCAAGUCCUCUCCGAGCCUGAAGAAACGCUCGUCCACCGCGUCGCUGCGUUCCAACCGGGGAGCGUCCACCUCGCCCAGCUUGUCGCGACACUCCUCCUCCUCCACAUUCGGCACCUCCCCCACGAACACGUCCGCCACCCACCAUCACAACAUGCCGUCCAAAAAGCCCUCCCUAACGGCCAUGACCGAGCACCCGGCCCCCACCGCCGCAUCCAUUGCGUCGGAGUAUUUUCAAAAGGAACUGAACUGGCACCAGUCCGCCGAGCUCCAGUCGCAGACGCUCGUGCUCGUCCAUGAUGCGUGUUACGGCCAUCGCUUCGCGCGCCCCCGAGCCUCCCGCGCGGCGCUCAACUCCAUCGUCGAACGCCCCGAGCGCAUCCAAGCCGGCGUGCUGGGCAUCGCGGCCGCCUAUGUCCGUUUAGCCCGUCGACAUGCGGGAGGCCCAUUUGCCCCGCAUCCCGACUUGGAUCCUCACCAGCUGCCGGUGCCGCCAUUCCAGAUCCGCAAGACGACGCGCACCCUGCCGCUCAACGCCCCCGCCGUCACUCAUGUGCAUGGGACCAAGUGGAUGGAGGACCUGAAGACCAUGUGCGAUGCCGCAGAAUCUCGACUGGCGCUGAACGGGAAGGAAUUGGUCCGCCCGCGCAGUGCGGGCAAGGACAGUGCCGCUGCCGGUGCCCCCGCCUUCCACGAAGGAGACCUCUAUCUAUGUUCCGAAUCCUUGAACGCAUUGGAAGGCGCCCUAGGAGGGGUCAGUGAUGGUGUGGAUGCGGUCCUUGGUCCGGGCCCGACAAAGCGUGCGUUUGUCUGCAUCCGCCCGCCCGGUCAUCAUUGUUCCGCGGGCCAUCCAUCGGGCUUCUGCUGGAUCAACAACGUCCACGUGGGCAUCUCCUACGCGGCGAUGACCCAUGGCCUGACCCACGCCGCGAUUCUCGACUUCGAUCUGCAUCACGGAGACGGUUCGCAAGAGAUCGCCUGGGAGCAGAACCACAAGGCUGUGACGGCGCCGCGGAAUGCGGCCGCCCAUCGGAAGACCAUGGUGGGAUACUUCAGUCUGCACGACAUCAACUCCUAUCCCUGCGAGAUGGGCGAGCCGGAGAAGGUGCGCAAUGCGAGCGUGUGUAUCGACAAGGCACACGGCCAGUCCAUCUGGAACGUCCAUCUGGAGCCGUGGAAGUCGACGGAAGAGUUCUGGGAGCUGUACGCUGCCAAGUACCGCGUGCUGAUCGACAAGGCGCGGGCGUUUCUCCGCAUGCAUACCGAGCGACUCGCGAGCACGCCCAAUGGCCCCGCCCCCAACGCUGCGAUCUUCAUUUCCGCCGGGUUUGACGCGAGCGAGUGGGAGGGCGCCGGCAUGCAGCGACACCAGGUCAACGUCCCCACCGACUUUUACGCCCGGUUCACGGCGGAUGUAGUGCGGAUGGCGAACGAGGACGGGCUGGGGACCGACGGGCGGAUCAUCAGUGUCCUCGAGGGCGGCUACAGCAAUCGUGCGUUGACCAGCGGUGUUCUCAGCCACCUGUCGGGGCUGGGAGAGGCUCUAGGAACCAUCCACGACGGGGAUGACCAGCAAGUCGACCGGCUCGCAUCGGAGAUGACAGAUCGCCUGGGCCUGUCCGACCGUGCACCGAGGGAAGAGUCGGUGACCGAACCUGGCUACCACCGGGAAUGGUGGGCACCCGCCGUGCUGGAGGAGUUGGAGGCCCUGGUCUACCCGCCGGCGGCGCCCGUCAAGCCCCGAGAGAAAUCAGCGCCCACCUACUUUGCCACGACACAGUCGUUUUCCGCCAAGGUGGUCAACCCGCCGCGAGACCGCAAAUCGACGGGGUCGCACUCGAGCCCGGAGCCUGAGGCACGGCUGCCGCCGCCACCGGUCGGGUGGGCGACGGCCACACACGAACUGUCCAAGGUGCUGAUUCCCACCCAUCGGCAGACGACGAGCUGUCGGCCGGAGGAGCUUAACGCGGAGGCGUCGCGCCUGCGACGGGAGCGCCAAACGGCGGCUGACCAUGCGACGGCGGCCACGGUGACGACCCCCGCUGCGGCCACGACCUCGACAGCGUCCGCGGACAGCCGGAUGAAGCUCCGCGUGCGGAAGCCCAAGCCCCUGCUGCCCGCGUCGCCCCCGGCCGAGACGGUCAAACGCCCAGCAGCUCGGGGCAGUCGACGGACCACCAUCGAUGCGGCACCGGACACGUCCAUUUCCACGACCCCUCAGUCGCCAGGACGCAUGGCCCGCCGAAAGAGUGCGAGUGCGACGUCCGCCGUCAUGUCGCCGGGGCCGGCCGAGACGGGCCCGCGACCCGCGUCCAGUGCCGCGGUGCGGAAGACUGGGACGUCGCGGUCCAGCACCCCCAGGCGUUCCACGAGUCCGAAAAAUCCCCCACCCGUGCCCCAAGUGCCGCCCGCGUUCCUUCCGGAGGCCGCGGAGAGCGCCAGACCCGAGACGCCGAAUCAGCCCGCCGACAGCGGACCGUCCGACGUGGACAGUUUGGCGGCCGGGGUGCGCAAGCUGCACAUCAAACUGAAGGUCCCAUCCCCAGAAGAGAAUGCCGCCAGAGAGAAAGAACGCGAGAGACGGGUCGCGGAGGAACGCAGACGCGCAGUUUCCAAGGCCGGUUCGAAACUAUCCAAGGAGCCUCGGAAGCCCGCUGGCCGGGCGCUGCCGACGUCGACUUCGGGGCCUCACUCGGGGGUGAGUGGAGGUCAUAAGGCUGUGGCCAGUCCACCAGGGGCAUUUCAAGCAGGGGAAGAGGUCGAGAGGAAUCGCUUGACGCCAGUGGCAACGUCGCCCCCGUCUGCCAUGGAGAAGGGACCCGAGGGCGCUGACAGCGGCUGGACCCGUGCAGGACCUGAGGUAACUUCUGGGAUGGUCAUUUCACCACCGCUGACACCGGGAGACGGACCCGCUAGCCAAGCCCAGUCGGCGUUGUUCUCUCCACCGGGGAUGACUCUGGCGCGGGACGGAUUGCCGGUGAUGAUGUCGAGCGGGCGGAUUCCUUUUGCGACGGUGCCGGGGAUGCCGCCUGGGGAAGAUGAUGCGGAGCGUGGAGGUAAUGCAUGAGGUGGCUACUGAUUCUGUUGACCUGGAUGGGCAUCUGGCGUGUCGUUGUUUGAUAUACCCUGGUUGGAGUUAGCC